UCUGGCCGUGGGGCAGGGGCUCUGGAAUGCAGCCCCCUUCACCGCUGCUGCCGCCGCUGCUGCUGCUGCUGUGUUGGCCAGUCGUCAGAACCAGAGGGCUGCAGUGUGGGAGUUCCCCAGAACCCUGUGCCAAUGGAGGCACCUGCCUGAGCCUAUCCCAAGGGCAAGGGACCUGCCAGUGUGCCCCUGGCUUCCUGGGUGAGACAUGCCAGUUUCCUGACCCCUGCCAGGAUGCCCAGCCCUGCCAGAAUGGAGGCAGCUGCCACGCCUUUCUUCCCACCCUUCCCAGCUCCCCUGGCAUCCCUUCUCCCACGGCCCCCAGCUUCUUCUGCACCUGCCCCUCUGGCUUCACUGGCGAUAGGUGCCAGGCCCAGAUCAAGGACCCCUGUUCCUCCUUCUGUUCCAAAAUGGGCCGCUGCCACCUCCAGGCCUCGGGCCGCCCACGAUGCUCCUGCAUGCCCGGAUGGACAGGUGAGCAGUGCCAGCUUCGAGACUUCUGCUCAGCCAACCCCUGCGUCAAUGGAGGGGUGUGUCUGGCCACCUACCCCCAGAUCCAGUGCCACUGCCCACCCGGCUUCGAGGGCCAUGCCUGCGAACACGAUGUCAACGAGUGUUACCUGGACCCGGGACCCUGCCCCAAGGGCACCAUCUGCCAUAACACCCUGGGAUCCUUCCAGUGUCUCUGCCCCGCUGGGCGGGAGGGUCCACGCUGUGGACUCCGGCCGGGACCCUGCACCCCCAGGGGCUGUCUCAAUGGGGGCACCUGUCAACUGGUUCCAGGGAGAGACUCCACCUUCCACCUGUGCCUGUGUCCCCCAGGCUUCACAGGCCCAAGCUGUGAGGUGAAUCCAGAUGACUGUGUCGGGCACCAGUGUCAGAACGGGGGCACCUGCCAGGAUGGGCUGGGCACCUACACCUGCCUCUGCCCAGAGGCCUGGACAGGCUGGGAUUGCUCUGAAGAUGUGGACGAAUGUGAGGUUCAGGGUCCCCCUCGCUGCAGAAAUGGGGGCACCUGCCAGAACUCAGCUGGCGACUUCCACUGUGUGUGUGUGAGUGGCUGGGGAGGCGCUGGCUGCGAGGAGAACCUGGACGACUGUGUGGCCGCCACCUGCGCCCCCGGGUCCACCUGCCUUGACCGCGUGGGCUCCUUCUCCUGCCUCUGCCCACCUGGGCGCACAGGCCUCCUGUGCCACAUGAAGGACAUGUGUCUGAGUCAACCAUGCCAUGAGGAAGCCCAGUGCAGCACCAACCCCCUGAGCGGCUCCACACUCUGCGUGUGUCAGCCGGGCUACACAGGGCCCACCUGCCACCAGGACUUGGAUGAGUGUCAGAUGGCUCAGCAAGGCCCCAGUCUCUGUGAACACGGCGGCUCCUGCCUCAACACACCCGGCUCCUUUGAGUGCCUCUGUCCGCCUGGCUACACGGGCUCCCGCUGCGAGGCCGAUCACAACGAGUGCCUGUCGCAGCCCUGCCACCGGGGCGGCACCUGCCUGGACCUGCUCGCCACCUUCCAGUGCCUCUGCCCACCAGGCUUAGAAGGGCGGCUCUGUGAGGUGGAGGUAAACGAGUGCGCCUCGGCCCCCUGCUUGAACCAGGCUGACUGCCACGAUCUGCUCAAUGGCUUCCGGUGCAUCUGCCCGCCGGGUUUCACUGGCCCCCGGUGUGAGGAGGACAUCAACGAAUGCCAAAGCUCCCCCUGUGCCAACGGCGGGGAGUGCCAGGACCAGCCUGGAUCCUUCCAUUGCAAGUGUCCCCCAGGCUUUGAAGGCCCACGCUGUCAGGAGGAGGUGGACGAGUGUCUGAGUGGCCCAUGCCCCACCGGAGCCAGCUGCCUUGACCUCCCAGGAGCUUUCCUUUGCGUUUGCCCUUCUGGCUUCACAGGCCAUCUCUGUGAAAUUCCCCUGUGUGCCCCCAACCUGUGCCAGCCCAAACAAAAAUGUAAGGAUCAGGAGGACAAUGCCCACUGCCUCUGCCCCAAUGGAAACCCAGGCUGUGUCCCCCCAGAGGACAACUGCACCUGCCACCAUGGGCACUGCCAGAGAUCUUCAUGUGUGUGUGAUGGGGGUUGGACAGGACCAGAGUGUGACACAGAUCUGGGGGGCUGUGUCUCCACCCCCUGUGCCCACGGAGGGACCUGCCACCCCCAGCCCUUUGGCUACAACUGCACCUGCCCCACAGGUUACACAGGGCCCACUUGCAGUGAGGAGAUAACAGCCUGUCACUCGGACCCCUGUCUCAAUGGUGGUUCCUGCAGCCCCAGCCCCGGGGGUUACUCCUGCGCCUGCCCUCUGAGCCAUACUGGGCUCCGCUGCCAGACCAGCAUUGACCACUGUGCCUCUGCACCGUGCCUCAAUGGGGGCACCUGUGUGAACAGGCCGGGCACCUCCUCCUGCCUCUGUGCCCCAGGCUUCCAGGGCCCACGCUGCGAGGGGAGGACCCGUCCCAGCUGCGCAGACAGCCCCUGUAGGAACAAGGCAACCUGCCAAGACAGCCCUCAGGGUCCCCGCUGCCUCUGUCCCCCUGGCUACACAGGAGGCAGCUGUCAGACGCUGAUGGACUUAUGCGCCCAGAAGCCCUGCCCACAAAAUUCCCACUGCCUCCAGACUGGGCCCUCCUUUCAGUGCCUGUGCCUCCAGGGAUGGACUGGGCCUCUCUGCAACUUGCCGCUGUCCUCCUGCCAGAGGGUUGCUCUGAGCCAAGGCACAGAAGUCUCUUCCCUGUGCCAGAACGGAGGUGUCUGCAUUGACAGCGGCCCCUCCCAUUUCUGCCACUGUCCCCCUGGAUUCCAAGGCAGUACAUGCCAGGACCAGGUGAACCCCUGUGAGUCCAGGCCCUGCCAGCAUGGGGCUACCUGCGUGGCCCAACCCAAUGGUUAUCUCUGCCAGUGUGCACCCGGCUACAGUGGACAGAACUGCUCAAAGGAACCAGACGCGUGUCAAUCCCAGCCCUGUCACAACCAGGGGACCUGCACCUCCAAACCCGGAGGCUUCCACUGUGCCUGCCCGCCGGGCUUUGUGGGGCUGCGCUGUGAGGGGGACGUGGAUGAGUGUCUGGACCGGCCCUGUCACCCCACAGGCACUGCAGCCUGCCAUUCUCUGGCCAACGCCUUCUACUGCCAGUGUCUGCCUGGACACACAGGCCAGUGGUGUGAAGUGGAGCUAGACCCCUGCCAGAGCCAGCCCUGUGCCCACGGGGGGUCAUGUGAGGCCACAGCAGGGACACCCCCAGGAUUCACCUGCCACUGCCCCCAGGGUUUUGAAGGCCCCACCUGCAGCCACAGAGCCCCCUCCUGCGGUCUCCAUCACUGCCACCAUGGUGGCCUCUGUCUGCCCUCCCCCAAGCCUGGACUCCCACCCCGCUGCGCCUGCCUCAAUGGUUAUGGGGGUCCUGAUUGCCUGACCCCACCAGCUCCUUCAGGCUGUGGCCCUCCUUCUCCAUGCCUGCACAAUGGUAGCUGCUCAGAGACACCCGGGCUAGGGGGCCCAGGCUUUCGCUGUUCCUGCCCUGCCAGCUCUCCAGGGCCCCGGUGUCAGAGGCCCGGAGUCAAGGGAUGCGAGGGCAGAAGUGGAGAUGGGGCCUGCGAUGCUGGCUGCAGUGGCCCAGGCGGAAACUGGGAUGGGGGGGACUGCUCCCUGGGGGUCCCAGACCCCUGGAAGGGCUGCCCCUCCCAUUCCCGGUGCUGGCUUCUCUUCCGGGACGGGCAGUGCCACCCACAGUGUGACUCUGAAGAGUGUUUGUUUGAUGGCUACGACUGUGAGACUCCUCCAGCCUGCACUCCAGCCUAUGACCAGUACUGCCGCGAUCACUUCCACAAUGGACACUGCGAAAAGGGCUGCAACACGGCAGAAUGUGGCUGGGACGGGGGUGACUGCAGGCCGGAAGAUGGGAAUUCAGAGUGGGGGCCCUCCCUGGCCUUGUUGGUGGUGCUGAGCCCCUCAACCCUGGACCAGCAGCUGCUCGCCCUGGCCCGGGUGCUGUCCCUGACUCUGAGGGUAGGGCUCUGGGUGAGGAAGGACAGUGAAGGCAGGGACAUGGUAUACCCCUAUCCUGGAGCCCAAGCAGAAGAGGAGCUAGGAGGAACCCCAGACCCCUUGCAGCAGGAGAGAGCAGCCCCCCAAACAGAGCCUACAGGCAAGGAGACAGACUCCCUGAGCACUGGGUUUGUGGUGGUGAUGGGUGUGGACUUGUCCCGCUGUGGCCCCGAGCACCCUGCAUCCCACUGCCCCUGGGACCCUGGGCUCCUACUCCGCUUCCUUGCUGCGAUGGCCGCAGUGGGGGCCCUGGAACCCCUACUGCCAGGACCCCUGCUGGCUGCCCACCCUCGUGCAGGCACUGAGCCCUCUGCCAACCAGCUUCCCUGGCCUGUACUGUGCUCCCCCGUGGUCGGGGUCCUUCUCCUGGCCCUCGGGGCUCUUCUCGUCCUCCAGCUCAUCCGACGCAAGCGCCGAGAGCAUGGGGCCCUCUGGCUGCCCCCUGGGUUUACUCGCAGGCCCCGGACUCAGCCAGUUUCCCGUCGACGUCGACCCCCCCUGGGCGAGGACAGCAUCGGCCUCAAGGCGCUGAAAGCAGAGGCAGAAAUGGAUGAGGAUGGUGUUGUGAUGUGCUCAGUCCCCAAGGAAGGAGAGGAGGUGGGCCAGGCUGAAGAAAUGGCCUCACCCCCCAAGUGCCAGCUCUGGUCUCUGAGCAGUGACUGCCAAGAGCUCCCCCAGGCAGCCAUGCUGACUCCUCCCCAGGAUUCUGAGAUGGAUGUCCCUGACGUGGACACCCAGGGACCUGAUGGGGUGACACCCCUGAUGUCAGCAGUCUGCUGUGGGGGCGUGGAGUCCAGGACAUGGCUGGGAAGUCCUGAGCCCUGGGAACCUCUGCUGGAGGGAGGGGCCUGUCCCCAGGUUCACACUGUGGGUACGGGGGAGACACCCCUGCACCUGGCUGCUCGAUUCUCCCGGCCAACCGCUGCCCGCCGCCUCCUCGAGGCUGGAGCCAACCCCAACCAGCCAGACCGGGCAGGGCGCACCCCUCUUCACACGGCUGUGGCUGCUGAUGCUAGGGAGGUUUGCCAGCUCUUACUCCGCAGCAGACAGACUGCAGUGGAUGCACGGACAGAGGAUGGGACCACAGCCCUGAUGCUGGCCGCCAGGCUGGCUGUCGAAGACCUGGUUGAAGAACUGAUUGCAGCCCAAGCAGAUGUGGGGGCCAGAGACAAAUGGGGUAUGGAUCUGGAGAAGCUGAUGUUGCGCUAUACAGAAACUGAGCAAAUGGGGUGUGAGGGGCAACGCUUCCUGCAGGCCGACGGUCACCUGGGCAACGCUUCCGCCUCGGAGGGACCCGGCGGGCGGAACAGCCCUUCCCCCAAGACCAGCACCCGUGGGAAACAGGAACCCAGGCGUCUGGCCCCCAGCCUCGCGGUAACUACCUCACGUGGUCCCCUAGGAAAAACAGCGCUGCACUGGGCCGCCGCCGUGAACAACGCCCGGGCCGCCCGCUCCCUUCUCCAGGCAGGAGCCGAUAAAGACGCACAGGAUGGCAGGGAGCAGACGCCGCUGUUCCUGGCGGCCCGAGAAGGGGCGAUGGAGGUAGCUCAGCUGCUGCUGGGGCUGGGAGCCGCCCGAGGGCUACGGGACCAGGCCGGGCUGACACCCGGAGACGUCGCCCGCCAGCGCAACCACUGGGAUCUGCUGACGCUGCUGGAAGGGGCGGGGCCACCGGAGGCGCGUCACAAACCCACGCCGAGCCGCGGGGCCGGCACCUUCCAGCGCGCGCGGACCGCGUCCGGAAGCGUGCCCCCGCGUGGGGGCGGGGCUGUGCCGCGCUGCCGGACGCUGUCAGCCGGAGCCCGUCCGCAAGCCCGGACUUUGUCCGUAGACUUGGCCGCGCACGGGGGCGGGGCCUACUCGCACUGCCGGAGCCUAUCGCAAGAAACAGGAGAAGGCCCGCCCCUCCGCGGCCGUAGGUUCUCAGCAGGCAUGCGCGGGCCUCGGCCCAACCCUGCAAUAGUGCGAGGAAGAUCUGGGGUCUCGGCCGGGAGCGGGGGCGUGGCCGCAGCUGUUGACUGGCCCUGCGACUGGGUGGCCCUGGGAGCCUGCGGCCCUGCCUCCAACACGCCAAUCCCGCCUCCUUGCCUAACACCGUCCCCUGAGCGGGGAUCCCCUCAAGUUGCCUGGGGUCCCCCAGCCCCCCAAGUAAUACCCUUAAGUGCAGGAGGCGAGGGUCAAAAAUAAAAGGCUACAUUUCAGCGAGGGAUUCUAAAAGUGGGUACUCAUUAAAUGACAAGCAGUCUCGAAGGCCUCUAGAUUUUAAGAUCCUUGUGCCUCGAAAGUGAGGGAUCAAGAGGGUAGUGUCCCUCCCAAAAUGAUGUACAUCACAUCGUCUUCCACGUGGGGAAACUGCAGCCCCAGAAAGAGGGUUCAGGGUCCUGGGAUGAAGCACCCUGAUGAGAUGGCCAGCCCCUCUCAGAAAAGAAGGAGGAGGGGUUACAGGCAGUACCCUUGAACCAAGAACUGCAAACUGACAGAAUGUGAGAUGUUCUUUUCUGUAUAUUGUUCCCAAAGGGAGCCUCUAUCGCCUGAAAUCCCCAAUAUCCGGAAACCGCUAACAUAUUUAUUGAGCGCCUACUGUGUGCCAGGCACUGUGUAGGCGCUGAAGACAGGGCCAAGGGUUACUCCAACUGAUGAUUCCUUGCAUUCUCCCCACCACACCCUACCCCCAAACAAACUACUGCAGGGAUGAAGUGCCACCCUUCUAGCCACCACUAUCUCUAAGAACCCCAAAUCUGUCACCCCAUAAUAAAGA